GCCCUCCUUCCUCAGCGGCGGCGGCAGCACAAGGCGGCGGCGGCGGCGGCCGGGGAGCAGACAUGGCGGCCGACCUGAACCUGGAGUGGAUCUGCUCGCUGCCGCGCUCCUGGACGUACGGGAUCACUAGGGGCGGCCGCGUCUUCUUCAUCAACGAGGAGGCCAAGAGCACCACCUGGCUACACCCGGUCACCGGCGAGGCCGUGGUCACCGGGCACCGGCGGCAGAGCACAGAUUUGCCCACUGGCUGGGAAGAAGCAUAUACGUUCGAAGGUGCAAGAUACUAUAUAAACCACAAUGAAAGGAAAGUGACCUGCAAGCAUCCGGUUACAGGACAGCCAUCCCAAGACAACUGUAUCUUUGUUGUGAAUGAUCAGACUGUUGCAACCAUGACGUCCGAAGACAAGAAGGAACGACCCAUAAGUAUGAUAAAUGAAGCUUCCAAUUACAACAUGGCUUCAGAUUAUGCAGUGCAUCCCAUGAGCCCUGUGGGCAGGACCUCGCGGGCCUCCAAAAAGGUUCAUAAUUUUGGGAAAAGGUCCAAUUCAAUUAAAAGGAACCCUAAUGCACCUGUGGUCCGGCGUGGCUGGCUGUAUAAGCAGGACAGCACCGGCAUGAAGCUGUGGAAGAAGCGCUGGUUUGUGCUCUCUGACCUUUGCCUUUUCUAUUACCGAGAUGAGAAGGAGGAGGGUAUUUUGGGAAGUAUCCUGUUGCCUAGUUUUCAGAUAGCCAUGCUCACUGCUGAGGACCACAUCAAUCGCAAAUAUGCUUUUAAGGUAAGGAAACGUGCGUGCAGUGUUUGAAGCUUUAAAGAACAGAUACUGACCCAUAAACUAUUGUACAAAAGAACUCCCAGUAGCCAUGUGUGCAUCUAAAGUGUUUUGGUGGUGCUAGAGAGAUGGUUCAGUGGUCCAGAGCACUAACUGCUCUUCUGGAGAACCUGGGUUUAAUUGCCAGUGCCACAUAGAGCUCACAACUGUGACUCCAAUACCAAAGAAUCCAGUGCCCUCUUCUGUCACAGACACACAUGCAGGCAAAACACUCAUGCACAUAAAGUAAAAUUCAAAAAUAGAGCAUAAGGGUUAGCGAUGUUACUGUCCUUUUAGGAAGCACGUACUAGCAUGGCACAAUGAAUUCAUGGAUGGCUGUAGAUCUCUGUUCUCAGUUAUUAUUUCCUCAGAUGAAAUAUUUGGGAAGAGUAUUGGAAGCCAUAGCUCUUCAUUAUGACAUGUUCGCAGACUCUUUGGGAUAGCCUUAAAGAGAUUCUCAAGUACACAAUGCUCGGAUCCCACCUAGUGCGGGCCUUUUGCUAAGAAUAUGUUGCAUUGGGAUUCACCGUGAAGCUAAAAGAGAAGUCAGUUAAAGAGAAAUGUUUAACAAUCUGCAGUGUUAAAAUAGCAAUAAAAGCGGCCACUGCACUUGGUAUAGAUUUUCUGUGAUAUGAGUUUGAUUUGUUGUGUCUUUUGCCUGUAACAGUAGUAAUCACUGUUUCAACUUUUCUUUUGUGGUAUUUCACCUAAAUUCCGAGCUGUAUGACUGCAUUUCUUGAUGUUGAGUCUGCUCCUGUCGGCAUGGCAGCCCACCCAAACAUGCGGACCUAUUAUUUCUGCACCGAUACAGGAAAGGAGAUGGAGCUGUGGAUGAAGGCCAUGUUAGAUGCUGCUCUGGUGCAGACAGAACCUGUGAAAAGAGUGGACAAGAUUACAACUGACAGUGCAUCAACCAAAGAAACCAAUAACAUUCCCAACCACAGAGUUCUCAUUAGACCCGAGGUCCAAAACCAUCAGAAGAAUAAGGAAAUCAGCAAAAUUGAAGAAAAAAGGGCCUUAGAAGCUGAAAGAUACGGAUUUCAGAAGGACGGGCAAGAUAGACCAUUAACAAAAAUUAACAGUGUGAAGUUGAACUCCCUGCUAUCAGAAUAUGAAAGCGGGCCAGACUGCCCACCUCAGAAUGUACACUACAGACCCAUCAAUGUGAAUAGUUCUGACGGCAAAGCGGUGAAUGUCAGCUUGGCAGAUGUCCGGGGUGGGAGUCACCCAAAUGCAGGGCCCCUAGCCACAGAGGCCGACCGAGUCAUUCAGAGAACGAAUUCAAUGCAACAGCUAGAGCAGUGGAUUAAAGUCCAGAAAGGACGGGGUCUUGAAGAAGAGCCCAGAGGAGUAAUUUCUUAUCAAACAUUGCCAAGAAAUAUGCCAAGCCACAGAGCCCAGAUCCUGGCCCGCUGCCCUGAAGGUUACCGGACACUCCCGAGAAACAGCAAGACCAGACCUGAGAGUAUCUGCAGCGUAACCUCUUCUGGUCAUGAGAAGACAGGGCCGGGAGCAGAAGAGAAGCGGCGAUCCAUGAGAGAUGACACCAUGUGGCAGCUGUACGAGUGGCAGCAGCGCCAGUUUUACCACAAGCAGAGCACCCUCCCUCGGCACGGCUGCCUGAGCAGUCCCAAAGCCAUGGUGCAGGUGUCUGACCAGACGAUGCACUCCAUCCCCACGUCACCUUCCCAUGGGUCAGCAGCUGCUUACCAGGGCUUCUCCCCUCAGCGGACGUACAGGUCAGAAGUGACCUCGCCCAUCCAGAGAGGAGAUGUGACGAUAGACCGCAGGCACAGGCCUCAUCACCCUAAGCAUGUCUAUGUAGCUGACAGAAGGUCAAUGCCAGCUGGCUUAACUUUACAGGCUGUUAGUCCCCAGAGCCUCCAAGGCAGAACGCCAGAGGAGCUCACACUGCUGCUAAUAAAGCUGAGACGGCAGCAGGCAGAGCUGAGUAGUGUCCGGGAGCACACCUUAGCACAGCUCAUGCAGCUGAAACUUGAGGCCCACAGCCCAAAGAAUGAGAUUCUUUCACAUCAUCUCCAAAGGAACACCAUAUAUUUGGAUCAUCAGAUGAAAGAAAAUGAACCUAUUAUCACCAUGGUUCACACAAUGAUUGAGAACUCGGCGCUAAGACCACAACUGUACCAACAAUUCUUAAGACAGAAGAACAAGAUAAGUCUCUAUUGUCUGUCACAAGAUGAAUGUAGAGGCACAUUAUACAAAUACAGACCUGAAGAAGCAGGUAUUGAUGCCAAAUUAAGCAGAUUGUGUGAACAGGAUAAAGUGGUCCGAGCGCUGGAGGAGAAGCUGCAGCAGCUGCACAAGGAGAAAUACACGCUUGAGCAAGCCUUGCUGUCAGCCAGCCAAGAGAUAGAGAUGAAUGCUGAUAACCCAGCUGCCAUUCAAACUGUGGUGUUGCAGAGGGAUGACCUGCAAAACGGACUGCUGAGCACGUGUCGGGAACUCUCCCGAGCCACUGCUGAGCUGGAACGAGCCUGGAGAGAAUAUGACAAGUUGGAAUAUGAUGUGACUGUUACCAGGGACCAGAUGCAGGGUCAGCUCGACCGCCUUGGAGAAGUGCAGAGUGAGUCGGCAGGAAUUCAACGGGCACAGAUUCAAAAGGAGCUCUGGAGAAUUCAAGAUGUCAUGGAGGGGUUGAGCAAACACAAACAGCAAAGAGGCUCUUCAGAAACAGUAGGUCUGGCAGGAUCAAAGCCUUUCUCAUCAGUUAAGUACAAGAGCGAGGAAGAGGAAGUAGUCCCACCUCGGCCUCCACUUCCUCGGUCUUAUGACUUUACAGAGCAGCCUCCCAUAAUCCCCCCUCUGCCCAGUGAUAGCAGCUCCUUGCUCUGUUAUAGCAGGGGCCCCGUGCAUCUGCCUGAAGACAAGAAGAUUCAUCAAGUUCAAGGAUAUCCAAGAAAUGGAUCUCACUGUGGUCCAGAUUAUAGACUCUACAAGAGUGAGCCAGAGUUAACCACAGUGGCAGAAGUCGAUGAAUCUAACGGAGAAGAAAAGUCAGAGCCAGUUUCUGAGACAGAAGCUCCAGUCGUUAAAGGUUCCCAUUUUCCAGUCGGAGUUCCUCUGAGAACAAAGUCACCCACACCCGAGUCCUCCACGAUAGCUUCCUAUGUGACCUUGAGGAAGACUAAGAAGAUGGUGGAGCUAAGAACGGAAAGACCAAGAAGUGCCGUGGAGCAGCUGUGUCUGGCUGAGAGUGCUCGACCUAGAAUGACUGUGGAAGAGCAGCUAGAGAGGAUCAGGAGACACCAGCAGGCCUGCCUGAGGGAGAAGAAGAAGGGGCUGAGUGUCCUCGGUGCUUCCGACCCGUCAGACGUGAGGGACAGUCCACUCAGGCUUACUCAGACUCUAAGGAGGGAUGAUAACGUUAAGGAGCUAGACACCGUCCACAGAGAAAAUGAUGUAAAGCCAGACUACGAGACUCCAGCAGCACAGUGUGCUCACCUAGAAGACGCUGAACCCCAGAAUGCAGACAUCGGCAGAAAGCUAAAAAGAUCUGAAAUGCUUUACACACCUGAACCAAAUGGAAUGGCUUCUGAGGAAGUGACGGAGAAGGAAAGACAGAAAGAGCAGGUGCAUGCCGAUGGGUCAUGCAGCCCUCAGGAAGAGACGGCCAUGACAGAGCAUCAGAUGGAAGGCCCCCCUGAGGAAGCAGAGAGUCUUCAUGAGGAGGAAGAAACUCUUGCUUCCUGUGAGCCAGCUCCUGAGAUUCCUAGGGAGAAUCAAACCACAGUGAGAAGUCUGUCCCCGUCUCCUGACUCCUCCACGGCAGCAGAUCCGCCCACUCCUCCACAGCUCAGGGAAGGAUCGCAUUUCAUGUGUGUGUAGUCGCAGAACUGCACUGGCGUCUGUUGAGAGCUCACAGAGCUGAAGCUGUGGACCUCAGUGGUGUAAGAAGAUGUACAAUAUACCUUAACUCUAUGAAAUUCAUAGUUCGGAUGCUGCUGACCACAGAGCAUCAUUUUAUCACCUUUGGAAAAUGUUUAUUCCAAACUAGCUUUAAUGGCCCGUACGUGCACUCCGUAGUGUCAAGGUCACCGUCCUCCGCAGUCCGCCCACCCGCCCGCUUGCUGCUAUUUGAGUUCAGAGCGUAUCAGUCAGGUGCUUUCUCCCUCAUGCUCCAUCAGAGCUUGCUUGGUUGCAGUUCCCAGGUCUGGAUGCUUAAGUCUCAGUGAACUUGGGUCUCUUGCUUUUCAGUGAGGCUAUGCUUUCCUUCGAAGCUUGUUUGCUUCCCUCCUUUUUUCUUCCCAUUUUGGCUUCUGCAGUACUUCAUUUGACACUUGAUUUGUAAAAAUUUUAUAUAAAUAUAUUUAAAAUGUGCCAUUUUCUCACUGCUCAGUGAAGUCUGUCCUGUUUUCUGCUCUAACCCCUCCUCAGUGAGACUGCACCAUCAGCAGUCCCUGCCUCGCUCCGUCUGCUUCCACACAAAUGCUGUUGCUUAGCUUUCCUUUCAAAAGCCAAACAAUUACAAGCGUAGGUAUUUUGAAGUACUGGACAUUUAUGUCAUUGGGAUAGAUGUGUACAGCAAUAAGCAGGCUUUUAGAUCCAGUACUUGGUUUGUGUACAGAUGUAAUUAUGUUCAUUGUGUGGAAGUUACACAGUGAACACAUGUAAUAAGGCUGCUUACUAGAGUUUAAUGCAAAUGUUCAUAGCUCAUUUCUUUUUUUAUCAUGUUAAAUAAAUGUUGAUGUUCUUAAA